AUGACUGAUACUGAUCACAAAAAGAAAAAAUGCGAUCGCUGCAGAAGUCAUUACACGAAGAAAAACUUUACUGGAAAAAAUGAAAAAACUGUUUCAUCGUGCAACAUGUGUAGAACUUCGAUUAGUAACAAAAGCCAUAAUAAGGCAAAAGAAAAUAUUGAAGAAGAAAUUAAACAACACCAAAAUCUCGCUUAUACCCAAGAUCAACUUACCGACAUCUUAUUAGACUUUCUGGAUCCUUAUGAGGAUUUUGACAAUGCAGAGCCAUGCUCACAAUUUUUAAAUAUAGAUAUCGCUGUUUUUCUUAAUUCUUUUAUCGAUCGCAUUGAAACAAGUAACGAAGAUGAAUUGAAUAAACUUAUCGCUUAUCGAAUUGUAAAACUUGUGUCAAAGGCUGAUGGAUUCAAAGACAAAUCAAAAAAGCUCGAAUUAAUGAUAUUGCGAAACGACGAAAUACUGAACCUCGAUUGCCACGAUAUGAAUGUGAAGGAUCAAUUCUUAUUAACAUAA